CCACAGUCGAGGGUCUCAUCCACCCCAUAGCAAUUUCACGACGUCCGUAGAGGGCUACAUCGGUAUCUAGAUCUGGUAGGCGAUGCAGCUAUCGUGGAGAGGUGGGUAUCGAACAUGUGUAUAAAGGCAGUGAGUAUUCCGAGGGGUAUGCCAGCAGCUCACUCAUCUCUUCCCUGACUAUUCAGCCCAUCUGCGAAGUUCCACAAGACCUAGCAGCUCUUUCAGUUCAAGUUCAACUUACGCACGAACUUCUUGCCAUCAUGUUGUCACAAGUCGCACUUCUUUCCCUCGUCGCCAGCAUGGCAGCUGCGCAGACCCUCAACAUCCCAACUCGCUCGGGGAGCAUCGUGUCGCUCCCUCAGCCCAGCACCAUCACUGGCAGCGUCAACUUUGGCAACAAGGAGUUCGACCGCGGUCGGCCCUGCAACUCAGACGAGGACACUGGCAGCAGCAAUGCCGUCUUCAUCCUCCAAAACGGCGCGUCCAUCUCCAACGUCAUCAUCGGUGCCAAUGCGCUCGAGGGUGUCCACUGCCUGGGUUCCUGCACCCUAACCAACGUCUGGUUCCGCGACGUCUGCGAAGAUGCUAUCUCUAUCCUCGGCACCGGCAACGCCCUCAUCCAAGGCGGAGGCGCCGCCCAAGCCAGCGACAAAGUCAUCCAACACAACGGCGCGGGCACAGUAACCAUCAAAAACUACACCAUUGUCAACGCAGGCAAACUCUACCGCUCCUGCGGCGACUGCACCGACAACAGCAAGAAGUCGCCACGCAAGGUCAUCGUCGAGAACGUUCGCGCCUUUGGCCUUACCUCUGAUUUGAUCGGUAUCAACUCCAACUUCGGUGAUACAGCCUCCAUCAGUGGGUCUUGCGGAUCGACAAAGAAGGUCUGCCAGGAGUACAAGGGUGUUAACAAGGGCAGUGGAAGCAGCAGCAAGGUCGACACUAACUCUGCUUGCACUGGUGCUCAGGGCAAGCUGUCGGCGCUGCCGAGCUGUUAGGUGGUCGUCGUGGUGUAGGCUGGUGGAGCUUCGGGUGAUGGGACAUGUGGAUCGAGGCUCUUGUAUAUAUUGACAUUGAGAUUGUAAAUAGCUUUCUAUGCAGGGACGAGGACAUGAUGAAUGCGAUUGGAUAUUGUAUGCGAUUUGGUCUUC